ACAACACGGGAGCGUUGAGGUUUUUCAAACCUCUUCAAUGGCGAUGCUUUGAUUCCUCUUUAUCGCCAUUAAUACCCACCCUUUCUCUUUCUCUCUUUAAUGCACCCUUUCAUCACCCCACCCACCCUCACUCCCCAACACCCCCACCCCCAAAUGGACUUCACCACCACCACCACCACAAACCACCCCAAUGUCCACCCUAUCUCCACCACCACCAUCACCACCAAACCCUAGCCCCACCCACUACUACCUAACAAACAUCGGCCUCGGUUACGCAAUCGCCAUUGCAUUCGGCUUCCUCGUCUUAUUAUCCUCUCUAUUUCUCGCUUCAUACAUCUGCUUCCGUCACCGCUACCGUUACCGUCAACAUCUCCACCAACGCCGUAACCAAAACCCUAACGACGGUGGAGUAAUCCUCCCGAGUAUAAUAUUCGUAGAUGAAACCAACGACGAGGAAGACCAAAACGCUGUCGUUGGACUUGAUCAGGCCGUGAUCAAUUCCUACCCGAAGAUUCCGUACUCGAAAGACUUUGAAGUGGUUUGUUGUGCUAUAUGUUUGUGUGAGUAUAAAGAGGCGGAGAUGUUAAGGAUGUUGCCGGAUUGUAAACAUUAUUUUCAUUUGACUUGUGUCGAUGCGUGGUUGAAGCUUAAUGCUACUUGUCCUGUUUGUAGAAACUCGCCACUGCCUACGCCGUUGUCGACUCCGUUAGCCGAGGUUGUUCCGCUUUCGCAGUAUUCAGAUGGUCGCCGCAGGAGGUGAUCUGGUGGUUGAUUGUAUGGAAGUGUUGCCAGAUGUUUAUUUGUUUUGUUUUGUUUAGUUGUUGGUUGUGUUUUGAAUGAUUAGUGGAUUAUUCAAGAUUGUUUUAGGUUUUUUUUUUUUUUUGAAUUUAUUUUAUGAUUGUAAGUUCUAUUUGAUUAGUAACAAAUUCUGGAGGUCCUAAUUUUUUGGUGAAAUUGUUGUUGAUUUUGAAAAAUGUGUGACUUUUUGUUGUUUGUGAAUGAA